AUGGCGCAGCCGCAAGAUACUGCUCUUUUCUCCGUCAAUCCAAUUGACCGCCUCCCAUUUGAGCUCAUAUCCGAUAUCUUCAGCAUCUCCGAGCAGGCUCACGGAGACGAAUGGAGACUCACACCUCAUGAAACCUGUCCGGCUGCUAUAUGCUCUGUGAGCAAGCGCUGGAAAGAGAUCGCGCUUGCCACACCGCUGCUUUGGACUCACGGAAAGGUAUCUGGACCAGAAACGCUCCUUCAAGCCAUAGAAUGGGCCAGGCGUAGCGAGCCUUAUGAACUCCAUGUUGAAAUCACGCUCUUCGAAUGGCAAGAUGCUUUCCGAUAUCUCUGGGCUUACAAUACUCGCAUUGUUGACAUUGAAUUCGACGGCAUGGGCGCACACAUCGAACUGAAAGACAUGGCGCUUCUAUCACCUUUUUCCAACACCCUCCGUCAUUUGUGCAUUUCUCUAAUCAAAUUCCCAAGUGCGGACUCGCUCUUAGAGUAUCUAGCGUCCUGUAAGGAGCUAGUCGCCUUGGAUAUCCAGUCAAGCACGACCGGCGAAGAGUGGAUGUCGGAGGAGGAGCACACCCAGUCGUCAGCACGAGCGAUUACCUUGGAAAAGCUAGAAGACCUUGCAUUGCCGGCCAACUCACUUGGCGAGCGUAUCCUACGACAUAUCAUCACGCCUCGUCUACACAACGCAAGAAAAUCGUUCACCAGCCCGGCGUUUGUCAAGACAGGCGGCGAUCUCUGGAUCAAGAAAGGUCAUAUCAGCCUUGCCAACACCGACGAGACACUAAUCAGCAAGCUUCUUCCCCUCGUAUCGGACGUCCGGGUGCUCACGCUCGAAUAUCCCCCCGACGGGCAAGGACGUAUCGUCGAGUUCUGCACCGUUCUUCUGCGCCAACUAGGAAAGACGAUCCGUUUUUUCCCCUUGCCACAUCCCGGAUCUCUCUGGAAUCAAGGUGGGCAAAUUCCCCUUCCGGCACUUCACACCCUCCGGCUUGUGAACUACCCGUACCUCGUCGACCCCGCGAGGAGGCACGUCUUCCGCCCGCGUGAUAUCCCGCCCCAGUUCCCCGUUACAGAUCUCGGGCUGAUGUUCAUGGCCCGUACCGAGUGGGAGUCAGAAGGUAGGACGGAUCUCUUGAGUAAGCUGCACUUCGAAGGAAAGCGACCCGUAGAUUGGGGGGAGCGGGGUGAGCUGGUCGUGGAGCAAUUGCGCAGGGAGGGGAUCACCGUGACCACUCAAUUUACCAAUUAG